AUGGCGACACCACCUGUACUGCCGCAGCCCCUACCCAGCUUCGAAUCAAAUCCUCCUCCAAUGGGGCCCCCGCCGCCGCAGCAACCACCGGGAACAGACAUGACUGGGAUGUGCUUCAGGGACCAGCUUUGGCUAAACACAUACCCUCUCGAUCGAAACUUAGUCUUUGAUUACUUCGCUUUAUCCCCUUUCUACGAUUGGACUUGCAAUAACGAGCAGCUUCGAUCGCAAUCCAUUCACCCUCUCGAUCUCUCCCACUUAUCGAAGAUGACGGGCACAGAGUACAUGUUGAGUGAAGUGAUGGAGCCGCAUUUGUUUGUUUUUCGAAAACAGAAGAGGGAUAGUGCUGAGAAAGUCACGCCGAUGUUGACUUAUUAUGUCUUGGACGGGUCUAUAUACCAAGCACCACAGCUUUGCAGUGUGUUUGCAGCUCGAGUUGGACGAGCUUUGUAUUAUAUAUCAAAGGCUUUCGGUACUGCCGCGUCAAAGCUGGAGAAGAUUGGCUACGUUGAUUCUGAAAGGGAGGGUGCAGCUGAAUCUAAGACUGGUAAAGAAGUAAUUGACUUUAAGGAAGUUAAGCGAAUAGACCAUAUUCUUGCCGCCUUACAGCGCAAGUUACCACCAGCCCCUCCACCACCACCAUUUCCUGAAGGCUAUGUACCCCAACCAACUGCAGAAAAAGAGAAAGGCUCGGAAACUCCACAGGGAGAAGAGACACAGCCCCCUCCUGUUGAUCCAAUCAUUGAUCAAGGUCCUGCCAAACGAAUGAAAUUCUGA